AUGGCUAUCUUCGGGCGUGAUUCUACUGCAGGCUCAUCUGUAUCCAGCCGUCGCUCGUCAGAUCUCUCUCACUCCUCCGCUGGCAGUAAGAAAUUCGGGAGUCUCUCAUCACACACAUCAGUAUCGUCCCGAUCCGGAUCUUCAUCAGCUGGCAGCCAAAGACGCAGUUUUCUUCAUCGCACGCCAGAAGAUCCUUCAAUACAAUCUGCUCGUGAGCAGGUUGUCCGUGCAGAAACCGCGGAGCAUGAGGCCGACAGAGCAUUAAUAGCGUCCAGGAAGGCUGUAAAGGAAGCCAGAGAACACGUUAAACACCUCGAGCGUGAAGCUGCGGAAGAGGCCCGACUUGCCAGGAUCAAGCAGGAUCAAGCUAAGUCGAUUUCUAAGAGAGCAAAGCCGCUUGGCCGUGAGUACACCUGA